UGCCUCCCCAAAGGUGGGGGAGUCUUAAAAGCCUCGAUUCCCCCCAACCUCUCAGGGCUCGGUCCUCUCGGCUGCCCACCUCCUGUAACCUUCAGGAACUCGGCCCGUCUUCCCUUCUCCUCCCAUCAGCUUUCAGCCCUGGAGCCCAGCAGCCUUCAUGGGGAAGUACUGCAGAAAGGCCCCCUCCCGUCCGGGCCUGUGGUCUAACAGUUGCCCUGGCGUUUCCGGUUCACUGCAGGGACCGGUCAGACAGUCCGAGAGGCCAGGAGCUGCAGCUAUUGGGAGUUGGUCCUCAAGGGCCCUCCUGCCCCAGGUCACGCCAGUCCUAAAGCAGCAUUAGCAACCUGGAGCCACCCACCAAGAUGCCUGGGGCCAACACCCCCACCUGUUCAGCACAGCACACGUACAGCAACCUUGGUGAGGUCCGCACCCACCUGCUGCCCUCCAAGGCCUGCCGCCCACGGACAUCUGAGCCCCCCGUGACUGACCCGCAGCCCCUGCCCCCACCCCUGCCCAAGAAGACCCUCACCAGGACCCAGUCGCUGCCUACCCACAAAGCCUCCAGCCCCAGCCUCACUCGAGCAGGGCCGCCUCGGAAGCCCCUUGUGGGGUCCCGCAGUGUGGAUGAGAGCCAGGCAGACGACGACAGGGCGGGGCCAGCCCAGCCGCCUGCAGAGCCGCCCUUCAGCUCGCUGGACACCGAACUGGGCCUCUCCCUCCACGACCUGCACCACCCGGAGGCCGUGCACGCCGCUCUGGAGGCCCGGCAGCUGGAGGGUCUCCGCGUCGUGCACGCCCGGCUGCACACCCGGCUCCUGGGGGGCCGCCCAGGCCCCUGCCGGCCAGACCACUGCUUCCGCCUCCUGGACAGCUCGCCCUGUGUGGAGAGCGGGGACGCCCUCUACUACCGCUUGGUACGCGUGCAUGAGGAGGCGUGGCAUCUCCUGGCUGCCAAGGUGCCCAAGCCAGGAGCUGAGGAGCCCCACCCUUGGGGCCUGGAGCUACAGUUCUCUCUGCGCCCACAUUUCAACCUCCAGGGGCUGUGCGGCCUGCUGCCCGAGGGUGCACUGCCUGAGGCGCCCUGGAGCGGCAGUGUGGCCCUAGUGGCCGAGGUGCCAGAGCUCACUGUGGCCCAGUGGCUUGUGGAGGCAGGCGCUCGGCCACCCGAGGAGUUCACGAAGACCGUGGCCCUGCUGCUGCUGCAGCUGAGCGCUGCCCUGGAGCGCCUGGAGGCACUGGGUGCAGCCCUGGCUGAGCUGCGGCCCGAGAACCUCCUGCUGGUGGCGCCUCGGGGCUGCACGGCCACCGGGCCCCCGCGCCUGAUUCUUGCAGACUUCAGACGCAUUCACCCACGGCCUCCCGGCACCCCUGGCAUCCAUGCACAGCAGCUGGGCCGCCUGCUCCGAGAGCUGCUUGGCCCGGGAGUGCCCUUGGCCACACCCGUGGCCACAGGCCUGGAGCGUCUGGCGGCCCAGCUGACCCGCGUGCGGCCCUCAGCGGCCCGGACACGCGGCGCACUGCAGGCGCUGCUCUGGGGGCCUGGACCCGAGCUGCGCAGCCACGGAGCCCCACUGGGGUCCUGGCUGCAGGUGCGCCGAACCAUGCUGGUCCUGCACCUGGCCGAGCGGGCCGUGGGUGGGGAGGUGCCCGGUCUGGAGGACUGGCUCUGCUGCGAAUACCUGAUGGAGGCCACAGCGGCCUCAGUGGACCUCGCCCUCAGUCUGCUGUGGGACUGACCCUGCCUGUGAGUGACGCACCUAUUCCAGGGCCUCUCCAAGUGGCAGGCACCCCUCAACCCCCCAGGGCUGGAACUGGUGGCUGGUGAAUCCAUCAUAGGGUGGACGCCCUCUUUCAGAAGGGACCAACAGGCCAGCAAAGAAUGCAGUUGGGAAAUUAGGCCCAAUCCCCCCCGCAUUACCUCCCAGAAUGCAGUUGCCCCCUUCCAGGGCUGGGGCCUAAUGGCCAGUGCCUGUAGAGGCUUUCAGAGGAGCCCACCCCUCUUCCACGCGUGGAGUCACUGCCAGUUCAUGCCUCUCCCAGUGGCUGGAUCCCCUCCCACUGCCUUUCAGUAGAAGCCAGGUGCCCUUGUGGUACUAUGGUCUGAUGGUCAGUGUAUCCAUGGCAAUGUGGACACUCCUCCCAAAGGCUCUGGAGCCUGCCCUUGCACUGAGGAUGGUGGUGUGAACUGUCAACAGCUUGUCAAGAACUGCUGGGGGCUUCCAUGAGGAGAGAGGUCUCUGGAACCUGAGAUAGCCAGCUUACCCCAGCAGGGUCUGAGCUCACCUGCCCACAUGCUCUCCUGGUUCCCAUGCCCACCCCCUCCACUCCCUCCAUCCACUGUGGCCUCCUUGCUCCCCCUCUGUGACACUAAAUUCUGUCUAGCCACCAAGUCUUUGCACUGGCUGUUUCCUCUACCGGACUUGCUGAAUCUCACCUCUUGCAAGCAAACAAAGUUGACCCUCCUGGGC